AUGCUGCAAAUUGUCACAACCUUGAAACUGAAAGUUUCCCCACUGUAUCCAGUUGAUCCAUAUGGUUACUCUUUUAACUCCUCAUAUCGGAAUCAUGAUUCCUUAGAGUACAAGCUGGAGCUUGGGAAUGCUAUUGUCAAUUUUGCUCGAAUUGUGCCAGAUGGCUUCCUAGUAGUUUUUCCGUCUUACUACCUCCUGGACCAAUGUGUUGGAUGCUGGAAGAAUACAGGAAGUCAUGCAAACUCAACAAAUUCCAGCACAAUCUGGGAGAGAAUCUGCAAGUACAAACAACCUGUUGUGGAACCUAGACAAGCAUCUCUUUUCCCUUUGGCAAUUGACGUGAGAAACUAA